AUGAAGAUGGGCACCGCGCCUUUCAUUUUCUUCUGUCUUUCUCUGCUCGUUUCCAUGUCUAGAGCAGAUGAUGCUCCAGGUAAGUCCGACGGAGAACAACUUCCAUCCCCUUCUAAUCUUAAACUUCAUCGCUUGAAUAGUUGCCUACUUUAGAAGCAAAUCUGUCUCCAGCAGCGUCGCCGUUGACUAAACGUUUGGAGCAACUGAUGUUUUUUCUGUGAAGGAAAUCGCCCAGUUGGGCAGGACAGGUUCGAGAUUGAGGGGAUGAUUAGUGCCUUCAAGAACGGGGUUUCUCAGGAAGAGCCCUCCAGUUCAACCUGCACAGAGGUUUCAGGAAAGGCGAAAGACCCGGCAGAUGAUGGCAGACUGAGUAACCAUCUUGCCAGUCUCACUGGGAUGCUCCGCGGCAUUCUGCCUUCCGAGUUGGAGGCAACGGUACGCCAUUUGAGCUUAUUAAAACGGGUUAAUUCAGCUGAAAGCUAUAGAAAAUAUAGUCCGAAACAUCUUACAGAAAAUACCGUCCAUAGAGAGCAUCUGGGUCACAUUUAGAUGGAGCUUCUUUUCUUUUUUUCGGUCAUAAGCUUCUCAUAUAAUCCGCCUGAUUCCAUCAAAAUCCAAGUUUCCAGUUCUUCGAUUAGUAUCUGUCAGGUGGGUUCCUGUACCAAGUUUGGGGUGGGUAGAGUCCUUACAGGACACAAUGAUUAGACCAUAAUUAGACCUUAAAAAUAAUCAUCAAGGCUAUUAAAAACUACGGGGUCAAGCUCGUUCUACUUUGCAAUAUCAUCCUCCUAACUAGAGAAAGCUUGGCCAAGCAUUUGGCCACUGCCCCAUUUAGGAGUCCUCCCUCAUGGCGUCUAUAGUGCUUGUCUCACACAUCCAGCACUGAAGAUCAUCGGCCUGCUUAAACCUUCUAGCCCUUCCCACCAUUUGUGAACACGGCAUUAUCUGGAAGCUAUCAAAUAUAACUCGUUAUGGAGAUCCAUGCAUACAUAUUUGGUUUUGUAUGUUCUGGAUUGAUAAAACUAAGCCUCGUUUCUCAACUAUCAGCUGAAAUCAAACAAAACAUGCAUUACAUGCCAUAAGAUUUUGGAGGAAAUCACCAACGUUUUGGGGGACACUGACAAGCAGGUAAAAAGCAGUGCAUUAUCUGGAAGAGAUUUCUACAGCAUGGAAUAAAUUAUUACCCUUUUUUUAUUUUCUUUUUGGGUUUUUUCCAGGUUACUAUAAUAACGUCUCUCCUGAAAAAAUGCGAAAAUCAAACCAUAUUCGAUGAAGUAAGUCCAUCCUUCUAAAUUAAUAAUCAUACAAGUAUGAUCCUCCCUUCCAUGCGCUGUUAGAAGACAAUGCGAGGUUGGAGAUAGUUGACAAUCGUUGAGAUUUUUCAUGUGCAGUGCAAGGAGUAUGUUUUCGCCUAUGGUCCAGUUGUCCUGAACAGCCUGCAUAAGAUUGUUGUCACGGACUUAUGCUACAUGACGGGCAUCUGCGCAGAUCCAAAAAACCAAACAUCACAAGAUGUGGACCUGAAGAACGACGGGAACAUUGAACAAAAGUAUCAGAAUCAAGCGAGAAAAAUAUUUUUGCCUCGAGAAUACGCACUGCGCUUCAAGUGACAGCCCACUCUCCAGUGUUUGAUCACGUGCAUUCCAACGAUCUCCAGAAGUCACUAUGAGACAUCACCCAUGAUGGAAAGCUUUUACACAAAAGAACUUGCUCCGGCUUGUAGCAGUCAACUAGUAGAUGUAGCAGACCAUUAACCAUAAAGGCUGAUGAUACAGCUCUAAAAUUUACUCAUGGGUUCUUUCCAGAGCUCUAGUAUUGUUCCUCUGUAGCUUCUCGUAUAGAUCCAGCUUCUACUACUGUCAUAUAUAUCAAUGCUUUGUUACAUAACUUUCAUACAGACGGCCACCCAACUCAAGGGCUUAUAGACCUGCCUAGCAGGUGUACCUGGUAACUAGGUUAGGUCAACCUUGCAAGCGUCCAGUAAAAAUAAAGCCAAUCUGUUUUCUAACAAAGAUUUGAUAAACACAGGAAGCUAGCAGCUGGAGUCAAAGUUCCAAGGGAAGAUCUGGUACGACUGAACAGUUGAUCCAAGUUAAUUUAGGGAUGGGUUCCAUCUGGUUACCUUCGAGCACCAGGCAUUAAAGCAGAAGCUGUCUGUAGUAUCCAUGAUGUUCCAUCCUAUUCGGAUAUAUCUAGCAUCUAA